AUGGCGACAAGGAAAUUCAUCUGCAAGCGAGGGUCACUGGACGAAUUCUUUUCGGACAACGGAACCAAUUUCAAGGGUGCAAGAAACGAGAUGUCCAAUGCGAAGCAGAAGAUCAGUGCGGAAUGCGCUGAAAGCGUCUCAAGUCCGGCAAUCAAGUGGCACUUCAUCCCUCCCGGAACACCUCACAUGGGCGGAAGCUGGGAAAGAAUGGUGCGAUCAGUGGCUACCAAGGAUGCGGAUCAGAUGGUCGAUGAUGAAGUCGAGCUGGUAGAAGAACUGAGAGAUGUCUAUAAGUGGUCGCAGUACUUGGUCGAUAAGAUGUACUACGCAAAUGGAGUGUGCUACGAACCGGAAUACAAGAACAAUUUGGAUGGAUUGAAUCAUGCAGUGGUGGCGGUUGGAUAUGGAAUACUCAAAGGAGGAGAUUACUGGCUAAUCAAGAACUCCUGGUUCAACUACUGGGGCAACGAUGGAUAUGCUUUGAUGGCGGUGAAGGGUAACAACUGUGGCCUUACCACCGCUGCGACGUAUUAA